UCAGCUUCUCUGCCGGCAGGUUUGCAGCAUGGAACAACUCAACUCCACUGUGGUCACUUCUAACAUUUCCUCCUCUCCUGGAUAUCCACCUCUUGAAUCCUGGGACUCCAGAGGUCUGGUCCCUGCGGUGAUGCUGUCCCUCUGCUUCCUGCUGGGAGUUCCCGGAAACAUUGCUGUGAUCAUCCUCAAACCAAACUGGCAGCACCUGUCCAGUGUGAGCCAGAGUUUGAUGCUGAAUUUGGCCAUAUCAGACCUGCUCUGCCUGCUCACCAUGCCUCUGUGGAUUUACACUUUUCUGUACAGCUGGACCCUCGGCCUGGUGGCCUGUAAGCUCCUAGCGUAUCUAGUGUACUGCAGCCUUUAUGGUAGCCUGCUGACUGUGACGGUGCUGAGUGUCCAGCGCUACCUACAGGUGGUGUAUCUGCAGAAGUGCUUACAUCAGGUCGGGAGGAAGAGGCUGCUGGCUCUGCUCUGGCUGGUGGCGAUGAUCCUGUCCAUCCCUGCUUUAGUGGUUCGACAGGUGAUCGAAGACCGGGACUGGACACACUGCAAAUCUGACUACCUUUCCCAAACCCGUAAUGUAGCUUUGCUGCUGAUUCAGUCCCUGCUGGGAUUUGUUUCAUUUUCUGUUGUAGCAUUUUCAUACAUUCGCCUCCACAUAAAAGUGAACCAGACAGCGUUCUUCAGCAACCCACAGACAACCCGUCUGGUCACAAGUAUUAUUGUGACCUUUUUUGUUCUUUUGAUGCCACAUCUUGUCAUGAAUGUUCUUGGUAUGGCAGCUUUUUCACUCAACAACAAGGGCCUGUUGACGUUUUGUAUUAACAGCUGGAACAUCACUGGAGCACUGGUAUUUGUAAAUAGCUGCCUGAAUCCACUCUUUUAUGCUUUUGCUUUGCUGAACAAUAAUAAUGUUAAUGCAGAAGUUGAACGUUCCAGGAAGUCUAGUCAUUGACAUAGUAUGAUCGGUGAAAGCCAGUAGAGAGGGCAGAACCUCAACGAUGAAAUAAAACAAUGUUUAAUUUAAAAAGGUGUUUUUAGUCAGACAUGUAAAGUCAACUGUGGACAGUUCGAGGGCGAGGUUCUCUCAUUUGUCACAGAGAACUGUAGAUGAUUUUAGGUUUAAUGAUGAAUUUUGAGGUUAACUUCAAAUCAGCUGUGUGCUGUUUAAAGCUGGUCCAUAGCCAGAGAAAAUUUGUGUGUGUGUGUGUGUGGUAAGAUUGUCCAAAAGCAUUAUCCAGCACUUUAUUCAAUUGUAUAUAUCUAAGUAUCUUAGCUUUUAUGGGAAAGCUCCAGUAAGAUAAAACAACAGUUAAUGAAAAGACUGAAUAAAUGCUUGGGUUGGAGUGCAUCCUGUGAGAGGAAUGACCAUUUGAGUUCUCAAGCGUUGUACCGAUCAUCACCAAUCAAGGCUCAACAACUGUCCGACCUGCAGCCUCUCUGCUCCUCUGUGUCUGCAGUGCGCACACACGGAUCGAAGUUAGCCAGCUGAUCAGCGGACAUCGACGACAACUAUGCUGUGUUGAAGUGCAACGACUUCCCCGAAUUUGUUGAUGAGAAGGAUCAGUUGAGACAAGGUAUCAAGUUCACACAAUGUUGAUUUAUUCAACCCAAUACAGAUAUAUAUAUAUAUCCGGAGACUCUGCUGUCAGGCUGUCUAACACAAAGUCUGACUACUUCCAGCUAAGCAAUGAUUAUAUGCUGGAAACUGCACCCCUGUGUGUCUCUCGUGUUUGCCAUAUUUGGUAAUUGACAGUAGUUAUAGAAUGUUCUAGUGUGUCUUAGGGGCUGUCAUGUGAGUGUAUGUGUGUGUGUGACUGUAUUAAUAAAAGUGUGAAGUGUGUCAGAGUGUAUUAUUGUCCGGGCCGGUUUCCUGUCAUUCAGCACAAGCUUCUUAAUUGUUGAAUUACCUAAGAUAAGCAUGUCACACAAUAUUGAGUAUCCUAUGAGCAAUCAUAAGUAAUAAGUAAGCAUAUAAGAGAAUCAUAUCUAUCUAUCACUGUAGGGUUGUGCUGUAUAUCCACAGCUGGUUAGUUUAAGUAUGCGGUGCAAUAAAGA